AUGAAUCAAUUGGUUCGAACACUGUCUAGUCGACUGUACAUUACAUCAAAGAGCACUGGUCAAUGCUUGUUUGGAUCACAGACGACCUCACUGUACAGCAGAUCAUUCGCAUCAAAGAAGGCCACAAUCAACAACAAUGAUACACAGACAGAGACAGCAACUAAUGUUGCUGCUGCAACAAAGACGACUACGACAACUACUACUAGCGGAACAGUCAACACUUCAAGUUUGAUUCAGUCAGUGCUCAAGGAACAAAAGGCAAAGGAGAUCGAGGAGAAGGGCAAGCCAAAGACGGCCAUCGCCACUCUUCGCAACCUCCCAUACAGUCAGUGGAAGAUGAUGCCAUUGUUCAAGGCCUUGACUGGUCUGAGCUAUCGCGAGGCUAUUGCCCAACUCACAUUCGCCAACAUUGGCCCAGCCAACCAGCUCAAGGGUCUAAUGACAUCAGCUCGUUACAAUGCAGAGUUCUACAAGAACCUCGACCCAGAUCGUUUAGUAGUUUCUCAAAUAUGGACAGGAAGAUCAUAUUAUCAACCAAGGAUAGAGUUUAAGGGUAGAGGAAGGACUGGAAUCAGAAGGAAGCCAUUCACACAUGUUACGAUCGAGUUGAAGGAGGUGGAGAGAGUGGCAGGCGAGAAGAAGCUGGGCAAGUUUGGAAAGACACACAAGACCAUCGAGAACUACAACAAUCCAUUGAUUUCCUAA